AUGCCUUCCGCCCACCCAUACACCUCCGCGGAAGAUGCAAAGAUCCCUCAAAGGCACGCGUUUCUGCCAUUUCUGCAGUCGCAGUCGCAGAAUACACUGACGAGACUGUAUCAACGACCAUCUUCAUGUCUUUCCUUAUUUCGAUUACUGGCGCCUGUCGAGAGGCAAAUAAUUAUGAAUCUGCUUUGGCUUGAGUCUGUGAUAUCCCCGGCGACUAUGCUCACCUGGGUCCUUCGUGAAGGAAGAAAGCUGUAUGAUGACGCUCUGGCGACGCUUGGUUAUCUUCACAUACUGCCAAACAACGAUAAGCUGGCCUUGAACUCCACCUUCAAAUCAAGUUUCAGGCAGGCGCUCACGGGAGGCGGAACAAGUGGUAGUUUCGGUACUCCUGCCUCCGAUAAAGAGGAGAAGAAACAACCUAUUGACAUCGACUCACUCGAUAAUUUUGCGCUGGAGAGGUGGGAGACCAUUUUGCACUACAUGGUCUCGUCAGGAACGGGCCAGCAACCCACAAAGCCGUCACAAGGCGUUCUCUUUCUCCUUCAGCGCAGUGGUCUGAUGGCCAGUUCCCACGGGCUUCUCCAAAUCACAUCGGCUGGAUUUCAGUUCCUUCUUCACCCUCCUCACGAUCAGUUAUGGGACUUGUUGCUGCAAUACCUUCACCUGGCAGAGGAACGGCAAAUGGACCUAGUCGAGGUUCUGGGGUUCAUUUUCAUGCUUUCGACCAUGGAAUUGGGCAGGGAAUAUUCAACUGAGAACCUGAGGGGGACCCAGAAGGCUAUGCUGGAAGACCUACGUGAUUACGGCCUCAUCUGGCAGCGAAGGCCCUCAUCACGGCGUUUCAGCCCCACUCGUCUCGCGACUACCUUGUCCUCUUCUUCGCCCCCUCUGCCCACCUCUACCGGCGCCAGCUCCGGUCCCCAAGAAGGGUUCAUCAUUCUCGAAACUAAUUACCGAGUGUACGCCUAUACAGAUAACCCCCUGCAGACCGCCGUUCUAAACCUGUUCGUGUCGCUAAAGUAUCGCUUCCCUAAUCUCGUGGUCGGUUCUAUCACACGGGAAAGUGUUAAGAAGGCGCUCACGAAUGGAAUAUCUGCCGACCAGAUAAUAAGCUACCUAAUCACUCACGCCCACCCACAAAUGCGCAAGAAUAACCCUCUUCUUCCGGUUACAGUACAGGAUCAGAUAAGGCUCUGGGAGCUUGAGAGAAACCGCCUUAAAUCGCGAGAAGGCUAUCUGUAUACCGCCUUUGCGUCCCAAGCGGAUUAUGAAUUCGUGCUCAACUAUGCGAAGGAGCUUGACGUCGUGCUUUGGGAAAACGCCGCGAAGCGCUGUUUCUUCGGCAGUUUGGAAGGCCAUGCGAACAUCAGGGGCUUCAUCGAACGGCGGACGAUGGGCGCGAGCUCUUAG